AAUUGGUCUAUACAAAAGAAAACCAAAAAGCGUUCUAGUUCCAUGAAUAUAAAGAAUUUCAACAUAAAGCAGAUCAAGCAGUUUGCUGAAAAUAAUACAAUUCAAAUUAUAGGUAGUGACAAUAUAACUUCAAAAAAGGAUAACCAGACUACUCCUUUAAAACAGAAUAGGAUAGACGAUUACUAUCUUUUGCAUAGUGACAAUGAUAUCUUCAAGAAUAAUGAGGACGAACUCCAAACAUUAGUGGAAGAGGAAGAAGAAGAGAUCUCUCCGUUGAAUAAUGUCGUAAAAUACAUACUAGCCAUGGCAAAAAGGUGGAAUUCAAUUUGUGCAUAUAUAAAAUUAGCAAAGUUUAUGGCAAUUUUUAAAGAUGGAACGGAUUUGUUGGAUUGCGGAAAAGAAAGUUACACUGAGGUGGACAUUAUCACAAAAGCAACUUCAUAUAUUCAGACUGAUAAACUCAUGAAUUAUAUUAGGGGCGAAUCAUUUUGCCCCUUGACCAGAUCAGAAAAUUUCGAAAAAGGGCCAAAGUGUGAUAUUCGAUUUUUAAGCUCCUCGAGUGUUGAUCUUGGAGAAUGGGAAUUUGCCGUGCGUGCGAAUGCCACAAAAGCGAUUGGAGAUCGUUGUAGAUCCGCAAGAGUAAACCAGUCAAUACUAAAUGGGAUGUUAAAAUUGAAUCUAACAGAUGACCAAGCUAAGAUGGCAAAAGUGCCAUUUUUGCAAGUCACCGAUACGUAUGGACAAAUGUUGCUUGAAGAUUGCACAAACGGAUUUUAUUUAGUUUUUCCUGAACAGGAAACAUAUGAAGAAACCAGUAACAUGCUUGAAGAACUCGAUCACGGGUAUAAUAAACUUGAAUGUAUCUUCAAGAAGGCUGAUUACGACAAGCAGUCACAUUACAAGUCCAAUUUUAUCAGCGAACCGUGGUGGACGCCGAAAAAAAAUAUUACAUCUCAGCUAUCAACUGCAAUUAAAGACAUGGAUGUAAAGAACUAA